AACAGACAAGCAGGAAAUAAACAGUGAGGUGAUGCUUGGAAUUUUCAAAGGUGAAUCAGUGAUGUUAACCAUAAAAGCAGUAGUAAUGCUUUGCCCAUGAGCUGGUAACCUUAAAUCCAUGAUUUGUACUGAGUUGUACUGGUUCUUGUUACAAGCUAUUAAUUUAUGUCGACAGAGGUCUCAGUCUAAGUCGUACAUUGACAAAGUUUGAUAUUACAUUGCCAUAUACAUGAGGAAAACCACACCAAAAUAAGGUUGAGUUAAGUUAAACAAUCACAAACACAGUCAUCUCAAAUCCACAUCCAAGGUCAGUUCAAACGAUUGAAUGCAAGGUGAGUUUGGACAGCGAGUUGCUUUGUCCAAUCACAGCUCAGGUAGGGACAGACAACGAGACAGAAGCGACGACUGAGCAUCUUCUUCCAAUGAGAGCGGCCUGCUGCGUUCAGCUUCAUCUCCGAACCGCCCCGGUCCUCCCAGCGAUGAUGUAAUGUCAUGAAUAUUGAAACAGGUUGCCUGGUGGUCGGGAGGCGCUCGAGUCAGCAUCUCUUCUGCUUCCCCAUCACCACUAUCUUCAAGCAUCCGAAAAACAUCCAGAAAAAGGGUAUGAGAAGUUCAUAAUCCUGCAACCUCAUGGAUAUUGGCGAAGGGAAUGGAGGUGUCUGAGAAUGAGCUGAGCCUCUGACAGCAUGAUGAACCCCUCGUCAUCUGCCGACUUGUCUCGGCAGCCAGACAAUAGCAGCCGGAAGCAGCAGCGUUCGUCGUCUCCGGCCGGCCUCAAAGAAGCUGGACCUAAAACUGCGCAAAAGGGCAGUAACUCGACUAAGCCUGCAUCGAAGCAAGGAGGGGGAGGAGGAAGUGGAGGAGGGAGAGGUAGCCGAGGUCAUUCUCCUGUUUCCACGGGAAGGGAGCGGCAGGCCGGAGGCGUUCCUGCCAUCAGAGGCGCGGCUGCUGUCCAGGCUGCUGGUGCUGAAAGCCCGACGCUGAGCAGGCCCGCGGUGGACAGGGGCUCCGUACAAUCAGCGGAUGACUCCUCGCGCCUUGUCACAGACUCUUCCUCGCCUUCUAGAGCAGACCCAAACCGCGUUGUCUCCGACCAACCCUGCGCAUCCAAAUCUCCCAAACUGAGGAGCAAAAAUUCGCGAGGAGGAGAGACCGCAUCGACAACCACCACCACCACCACCAGCAGCAGCAAGAAAAGCUCCAAAAGCACAGUUGGAUGCGGACCUGGUUUCUGGAAGGAGGGAUGCUUACAGUCCGAACUAAUACAGUUUCACCUGAAUAAGAGCUUGGGGAAGAAAGGGACAAAGAUGCAGACAAAGUCAACGUCUCCCCCGGCAUCGGAGCCUGAGCUGUCCCCCGAGCCCUACAGUCCACAGUUGGCUCCGCAGCCAGAUCAGAGAAUGCAAGACGAAAUUGAAAGACUGGAGGACGAAAACGAGGACCUCAAGAAUGAAAUCGAGGAGAUGCGGGCAGAGAUGGAUGAAAUGCGGGACACUUUCUAUGAAGAAGACGCCUGCCAGCUGCAGGACAUGCGCAGAGAGCUAGAAAGAGCCAACAAAAACUGUCGGAUCCUCCAGUACCGGCUAAAGAAGGCCGAGAGAAAGAGACUUAGGUUCACAGAAAGUGGUCAAGUGGAUGGAGAGUUACUUAGAAGCCUGGAGCAAGACCUAAAGGUGGCGAAGGAUGUAUCAGUGCGCUUACACCAUGAGCUGGAGAAUGUGGAGGAAAAGAGGACAAAGACAGAUGAGGAGAAUGAGAAGCUCAGGCAGCAGCUGAUUGAGGUGGAGGUCACCAAACAGGCCCUACAAAAUGAGCUUGAAAAAGCAAAAGAGCUCUCACUGAAAAGAAGAGGAAAUAAGGAUGGUCAGAGAGCAGAGAGAAAGAUCCCACAGACCCCUAUCGAGGAAGAAAAUGAGGAUCUGAAGUGCCAGCUAGCCUUUAUCAAAGAAGAAGCCACUUUGAUGAGGAAAAAAAUGGCAAAGAUUGACAAAGAGAAGGAUCGACUCGAGCAGGAGCUGCAGAAGUACCGAUCCUUUUAUGGAGACGUGGACAGCCCUCUGCCUAAAGGUGAGGCUGGAGGACCUCCCACCACACGUGAAUCUGAGCUAAAACUUCGUUUACGCCUGGUGGAGGAGGAGGCCAACAUCUUGGGGAGGAAGAUUGUGGAGCUGGAGGUGGAGAACAGAGGUCUGAAGGCUGAGCUGGAUGACAUGAGGGAGGACAGUUUGGCAGCAGCAGGAGUGGAUGGUUCUAGCAGUGGAGGCCAGCAGAGCAGGGAGCAGGGCGAGGCCCUGUCUGAGCUGAGGCAGCAGCUUCAGCUGGUGGAAGAUGAAGCUGAACUUCUCCGCAGGAACUUAGCAGACAUAGAAGAGGAGAAUAAAAAGGUGACAAAUGAGCUCAAUAAACUUAAAUACAAGGCUGGAUCCCAUGAAGCUGGAUCAAGACAUGGAGGAGGAGCUGAUCCUGCUAAAGUGGAGGCCCUCCAGGAGGAGCUGAAAGCAGCACGUCUUCAGAUCAAUGAACUGAGCGGCAAAGUUCUGCAGCUCCAGUACGAGAACCGAGUGCUGCUCUCCAACAUGCAGCGCUACGACCUGGCCUCACACCUGGGCAUCCGCGGCAGCCCUCGGGACAGUGAUGCAGAGAGCGAUGGAGGGCGUGAAGACGACACGCCCUCAGCCUCAGCUUCCUCUCCUCGUCUGCUUCCACCCCACCGCAAGCGUGAAGGCCCUAUUGGGGGGGAGAGUGACUCAGAUGAGGUGAGGAACAUCCGCUGCCUCACCCCAACACGCUCGCUUUACUCACCCGUAGACAGUCGUUUUUUAUCCAGAAGCCUGAAGGACCGGCAAUCAAUGAUAGACAUCCGCAUCGAGGCGGAGAGGCUGGGCCGGACCAUCGACAGGCUCAUCGCUGACACCAGCACUAUCAUCGCAGAGGCCCGGGUGUAUGUCACCAAUGGGGAGCUUUUUGCUAGGCUGGAUGAGGAUGAAGAAGGUGGCAGGAUUAGAGAGCAUGAGCUGCUGUAUCGUAUCAACGCCCAAAUGAAAGCCUUCAGAAAGGAGCUGCAGAGCUUCAUAGACCGUCUGGAUGUUCCCAAGCAAGAAGAUAAACAGGAUGAAGAACCAUUGUCUAUGUUUCAGCCAAUUAUUUUGCUGAUUCUCAUUCUUGUUCUGUUUUCCUCACUCUCGUAUGCCACCAUUUUUAAAUUGGUAUUUCUUUUCACCCUCUUUUUUGUUCUGUAAAGCACACGCUCAGUCUCACAUUAUGUCCAUUUUUUAUUCUUUGUUUACUUAUUCACUUUAAUUCUGUUAUGUUGAACUCAUCGCAUAAGGUCACUCAAGGUACAGGGCAAUUUCAUUUUCCAAGUAUGACUCAAGCUACUCAUCUACUCGGAUGCUUUCAACAUUUAUUGGAUACUACACAAGCCGGGAGCAAGAUCAGAGUGCUAGGGAGGGGAGAACAGGAGGAUUCUGCUGGAUCUGAAGACGGUUUUGGAGGAAGUGCAGGUGGAGGUGAGGAAAGAGGAGGAGAAG